UUGACAACUCACGGGGACAGACAAGUCGACGAGAGAUCGUAAAUCUCAAUUUUGUGACACGACAAACAAAGUUGAUUAAAAUUGAGAAUAUUAAAAGUUUUGUGAAUAUUUCAAAGUCAAAGUACAGUAGCUGUUAGCUAUAUGCAAUCUACUGAACAGCAUAAUAAAUAAAAGAUGGUCCGGACAGUGUAUUCUCCAGAAUAUUGCUUACAAUAUUUAGAGCAAUAUGCUUCUAAAGAAGUAUUUGUAAUAGGAUUGAUUCUUGGGCAGACUACUGGUGCGCGGGAGAAUGUCAUCCAUUUGGCUCGGACCCCAGAUGAGAAAAGUUCCGAAAAUCCAUCAGAAACCAGUUAUGUACUGGACAAACUGGAAACGAAGACGUUAUUGAAUGUAUCUGAGGCAUGGGUCGCUGACCAUGCUAAACAUGUCACUAGAAUGCUUCCUGGUGGCAUGUUUGUUCAAGGUAUCUUCAUAACAAGCGAUGAGGACAUUUUCGAGGAUCCAAAUAGUUUCAGUAAAGUGAAAUCUAUUGUGAACCACAUAUACAAAGCAAUGAGUGUCAAUCAGUACAUGUUUGGUAACUGUCCUUACUCAAAUGAAAGGCUAAUGUUACACAUGUGUACAAGUACUAAGGUGCUUACCUGUAAGAGUAUAGAGGUGGGAGUACCAAGCAAAAGUACAGUUAUCAAGCCCGUCGAUUGGAAAUUCUUGCCCAAACCCCAGCAAUGGCAAAGGUUGGACUGCUACUAUGAGUUUGACGAUGUCUAUCCUGUGAUUGUGAAAAAGAGUGGUAUAUCUGUUAAGCAACAGUUUCAGCAAAUCUUGGAAUCAGCUCACAAAACAAUUGAAUCCAGCAUCAUGUUCAUAGAUGGUGAAUUGAAAGAUAAUACAGAAGUUCUAGAACAACUUUUCAAAAAGAAGAAACCCAAAAGUAAUUCAAAACAGAUGCAACAAGAACUUCCAAAAUCAAUGAAUGUGUCAUUAUUUGUGCCAUUUGAAAACUCUCUCCCUGAAACAGUGGAAUACUUAGAAUGUGAUGGCAGCAUACAUUUCAGUGGAGUGGUGUCCUCAAGCGUGUUCAUGUACCCCAAGGCGACAGUCAGUGAAACUAUUGCAGCAGUGAAACAAGACAUUAUCAGAUCACUAGCAUCACGGUUCACAAUGCACUGUGAUGCUUUAAUUGAUGAUAAUUUACUUCCUGAAGAAAAGGUGUGUUUCAACGAGCCACCACGCCGAGUCCUAGUUCCCGUUGGGUCUCUAUACCUCUGUGAUUACCUGUUUCCCGGCGAAGCGCCCGCUGAGGCCCUACUGUCGGUGCGAGAGCUGUUAGACCUACAGAUCACGGAGGCCGACGUUGUCUGCGAUGUUGAAACGCCUGCUGAUACAUCUGAAUUCGAUGCCUUAGACAGAGAUGCGAGCAGCGAGGAGUUACUGGCUACGCCUCAGGAAGCCAGCCAGUUCAUGUACAUUACGGGAAUUUGUUUCGCGAUGUUCGUGCUUAUCGUCUCCAUCAUCAUACACUACUAUGACGGAAUCGUCGAAGUUUUCAGUAAAAUAUUCUCUAAAUCUGUUGUGUGAAAUAAUAUCUUUAUUUAUUUUAAACUGUUAAAGCUUAAAAGACUUAUUAUUGUUGUGAAUGACUUGUGUAAGGUUCGUUGUGUUAGACUAAUAUUAUCCUGUGUUGUUCUGUAUGUUAUAUUCUCUUUUCAUACAUUAAGGAACUAUACUAUAUUUACCGAAGUAUACUAAAUCAUUUUAGUUUUAUACGGACAACACUACCUCUACUGUGAGGACAACACUAAAAAGAGAUUUUGACAGUUAGAGCGCGCGCUUUACAUGCGCUUCCUUCGUGGACUGAUAAACUAUGUUUUCUUACGAUUGAUAUUAAAUUGUGUUUUAAAAGUGAAUACAAGAAGUUAUUGUGAUACGAAUUGACGUUUUAUUUCUGAUUAAGGCUAGGAGAUCAUACCCUAGCUUAUAUCAGAAGCGGGAAGAACAGAAAACGCCUAAUUACCAAUGGGGCGCGAAUGCUCCGAAUACAAUAAAAUUAAUGAUCACGCCACACUAUGCGAAACACUUAAACGAAGACGAGAUGACCACAGCACUGAUUGCUCAACCGCAAUAAUGUAUCAAGGACUUAUCUACUCAAGGAAAACAAAGCGACAUGGUCAACAACUUGUGGAGCCUAUAAUGACGACGACCAGACAAGAUUCUUGUGUGUAGAUUACUGCUUGACACACACUACGCCUGAUGGCGAUUAGACACCUUCUCCGCCGCGAUGCAACAGGUACCCGAGACAUUGGACAAUCAGGUAUAAGCAUUAAUAUUUUUUUUUCUCAUUCCAAUUAAUCCAUGGAAUAGAAAACAAUCAUUUAAUUGCCCAAACAUGUGUAUACAUGCAUACACACGCAGGUGCAUGCAUGUAGGAUAAUACAAUUAUUAAAGGUAUGUGCUUAAAACAUGUUUGCCACUUGUCAUGGCAUACAAAUAUAAAACCAGAAACAUUUAGCUCUAUAUACUAAAAACUAUUUGAGCUGACAUUUCAGAGCUUCGGUACUGAGUUUUCUCUAGGUUAUAGAUAUUUUGUUGUACAUAAUGGGUGCCAUUCAAAAUAUAAUUUAGCACAUAAGUGCAGUUUUACAUGGAUGUGAACAGAGUUUGCUAUUGAUCUAUUUGAUGCAUACAUUUUUAAGGUGAGUAAAUGUACAACAAUAUAUUUCAUUAGACAUCCAUAAACCAGCUGGGAACAUGACAGAUACUCUGAGGUAAACAUUUAUAUCCUGAGUAAUUAUGUAUGGUGUUAUUUUUGCUACACAUUGAAUACAUAAAAUAUUCAUGAGAAAAGAGUAAAUAAAGCAAGUAAAGCUAAUUGCACAGUUCAUGGGGAUGAUGGCCAAACGAUUUGGUGUUAAUGCAUUAUUUACAUACAUUACUGAAAUAGACAAAGGAAGUACCUAUAAAAAUAAGUAAAUAGGAUAUAACAAUAGGAUAUUCAUGAUAUAAAGCAAAUAUUACAAUAAUUAAAAUUGAAAUAGUCAUAAUCACUUACAAAUAGAGGUAGAAAAUAAAGUGGUUAAUUGACAACCAACAAAAACCGUGCGACACAGCUCUUGACUAUUCUAUGUACAUCCAAAGCGGUGAUAACAGGUAUUAAUAAUGGAUAAUCAAAUACUUUAAAGUACUAUAAACACUAAACUGGUUUUUAUUAAUAAAGUAACUAUGAAACUAAAUGCUUCAAGCCAGUAUGUUUCAGACAGUAAGUAUGUUUUACCAAUAUCUUGGUACUGCCAAUAGCAUACAUCAUUGUUAAGUAAAACUUCAUUCCAAGCAAAUAUCAUUGCUUGUUAUUAUUUUAAAGAGUAUCUAAAGUGAAAAUUAUAAAAAUGGUAAUCUUUUAAAUGAUCUUUUCCAUAUUAUUAACUGUAAAUUGCCUCACCUAGAAAAGUUAAACUGCUUAUUCUAUCUGAAUGUUGGAUGAUAUUACAGCUAACAGGUACAUUAUAGGACUGUAACACAUUAAGGAUAGUUUAAUCACAGUAAAGAUGCAGCAAUUGUAGUAAAUAUUAUUUACUCAAAGGAUUUUACAGACUGAAGCAUAAUAAAUAAAUAUAAAUCAGUAGUGUCAAUUAAUCAGAAGAAAAUAUAACUCAGUAGUGUCAGUAAUCUGAGUAGCCAGAUCAGAUAUGUUCUUUUUGAAAGAUUUCAUUUUAAUUUGGAAUCCACCACUUGAUGCUGAGACCAGUUUUCUCAACCAUUAAAAAUAACCCGAAUUGCUUAAAGAUAUGUAUACUAGAAUCAAAUAAAUACAAAAUAAAGAAAUUUCGGCUUUGAAAUCUGAAUCGAAAGCAGUCUAUAUAUUAUUAACUUAAUAAAUGAAUAUUAUAAAUUGGGUCAAUAAGAGAUAGGUUUGAGUUGGAACAAAACAACAUUAGUUAUACAUAAAAUUGUCUGAUACUACACAGGAGCUAUACCAUCAGAAUACAUUAUACCAUACUGAAAAGAAGUAUGUGAGACAGUUAAAGAAUAAAAGACUAGGCAAUUAAUAAGUAAUUUGUCCUAGCCCAUUAAAAAGUUGAAUGCAUACCAGGGCACUCAGUAAAACAUAUAGAUUAUUAUAAAUAAACUGAACCUGAACUUUUAUGGAUGGUAACGAUACGAGUUAACAUUUCUCUCUAUACUCUCUUUAUGACAGGAAAUCUUGUAAUUUCCUGGGAGGUAAGACAUUUUAUUCUGAGACUAAAUUUCAGCACAUAUUGUAUGUUAGACCUUCUCUCACAGAAAAUUACAUGUACAGUUUAUGAUGAUUUUCUUGAUUGAUGUUGUGAGUCUAUUCUGACCACUUAUAAAAUAGAAACCAAGAUUGUGGAGGAUCAGAGGAGUGAAUUCAGUGGGGUGUCAACAACAUCUUUAACAAGUCAGUAAGUACAACCACAAGUGUUUUACAGUCAACAACUAAGAAAGAGCAUUGCUUAGUAUUUAUUAGUUUUGAACCAUUAAUUGAAAAAAAAAAACUGACUGAUAAAGAACAAUCUAUAUGGUGAUUGGAACUUAUAUUUAAAGAUGAUGACAUCUGGUUAUGUUUAUAUUCAUAUAUAUUUAUUUGCAUUCCAUAAUGUUACAAUAGAUGUUGAAGAGGCUUAAAACUAAGUAGGUACCAUUAUAGGCCCUGUUAGGGCACAGCUAAAGAAGGCAAUACUUUAAGGCACCAUAAAUAAAGAACCAUGAGUUAAACUAGGCUCAGGGGUACUUUGUUGUCACUUUGUUUGUAUUAAAAUUGUUUCUACGCCACCACCUUCAAUUCUGCUUUCGUAUCCCUCAUCAGGGAUAUAGUUCCGAAGGAGCAGAAAGCUUUUCCACUCACGCUUUACAACUUGUAGAGUUAUAUUUGAUUAAAUGGUAUUAACUAAAAAGAAAAGCUUAAAUUGAGAAGUGUAGUGAUUUUAAUGAAUUGUUAAUUAAUAAAACAAUACCAGACGAAGAAAAUUGAAUGAAUAAAUUAAAGAUUUGUACAAUUUUUACCUUGAUUAUCUGUUAUUAAUUCUUACGAGCCUCUGUAUUGAGAUGUGAAAUGAAUUGAAAGAUUCAUACUAAUUCAGUUUGGUUGUAUUGUUGAAUUAUUGAAAUAAGACUACAUAAAUAAACUUUUGAUAAGUUCAUAGGUUGGAAGGUAUGCACUAUGUACUGUUUUAGCUGGUUCUAUUGUUUGUUGCUGAAAACAAACGACUCGAGGAAGAAAAUGGAAAUUAUGUAUUUAUAUAUUUUAACCACUACAAUAAGGGAUUAACAGAAACAAUUGUAAUGUUGUAACAAUUGUAACUUGUAGUGGUCUGAUUGAGUUUGAUUGUGUUGUUAAAUAAUAAUAAUAGAAGACAUGUAUUGAUUUAGUUCAACCAUAGGCAUUGCUCUAAUACAAAUAAGAGAUGGACAGAGAAAAAUGUAAUUACUUGUACAUUUCUCAUUUUAUUAUGUUGUUAAUUAUUAAAAACUAGCGACUGGAAUGCUAAUAAAGAAUUGAGUAUUGAAUAGACAAGAUAUAUUGUACUAGUUGUGAGAUAACGAAUAUAAAUAAGAGAUGGGCAGAGAAACUGACUAAAGAAUUUGUAUUAGCUACUUUGAUCAUAUUGAUGAUUAAUGGAUACUAAACGAGAUAAAAUAUGUAUACAUAUAUAUUGUAGUCAGAGAUAGAAGAUGUAAUAAAUUGAGAGAUUUGUAUAUUGUCCAGUUUGAGGAUAUUGACAAUUACGAGUCAUUUAUGAUUCUGAAUUUAAUACACGGAAGGAAUUGUGUAAGGACGGUUUUGUGUAAGGAGCCGCUUGUGAUAAUAUUAUUAAUCAAUAUUUAUAGAGAUCUUCAUUGACACAUACCUACUUAAAAAGCUGUGUAUAUUUUUCAUAGCUCUCAAUUCUUCGAAACUAAGUCCUUAAAAAAUAAAUUGUAUAUAUUGUGCCAAUAAAGUGUAAUUGUGAAGUAUAUAAAAUAAGACAGGAUAUUAAGCAAUUGUAUAUUGUAUUGAAGAUCAAUACAAGUGUAGUGACGCAGUUUAUGAAUCUAAGGCUGGAUAUUAAGAAAUUGUAUAUUGUAUUGUUAAUGUACAGUAGUCCAGGUACUGGAUAGAAAGAAGUUGUUUACUGUAAUGAGAAUUAUAUAAGCAGAAGCAAUGUGUAAAUACUGAUUUGCACUUUGAAUUAUGAUACUUAGUGAUAAAUUUUAAUGUGUUAAUAAGGAACAUAAGUUCAGAGACUUUGUAUAAUAGAAGUUUUCUAUUGAAAUAAGAAAUGAUAUAAGUAUUUUGAUGCCAAUAUGGUGAUGUUGACUUGUACUGCUUGAAUUUGAAUGAGGUACACAAAUCCAGAGACUGGAUACAUAGGAUUCUUUAUUUAAUGAUAUUUGUUUGUGACUUUAGUUUAUUUAGUGAUAUACAUAAGUAUGUUGUCGUCGAUAUGUUCAUAUUGACUUGUAAUAUUGAAAUUUGAAUGUAUUGAUAAAGUAUGUGUAAGAUAAGAACCGAGACUGGAUAUAAGGAAUUGUUUACUUGAUGGGGAACUAUAUAAAUGAAUUCAUGUCAAUAUGUUGAUUUUGACUUGUAUUGCUUGAAUUUGAAUGUAUUGGUAAGGUACCUACACAAGUCCGGAGACUGGAUAUAGAGAAUUGUUUAUUUAAUGGGGAAUGAUAAUAGUAUAUUGAUGUCAAAAUGUUGAUGUUGACUUGUAAUCGUUGAAUUUGAAUGUAUUUAUAAAGAAAUAAAUCCAGAGACUGGAUAUAAAACAUGUCGAUUAUUGAAAUAGGAAAUGACAUAAGUAUAUAGAUGCCAAUAUGUUGAUGUUGACUUGAAAUGGUUGAAUUUGAAUGUAUUUAUAAAGAAUAUAGAUCCAGAGACUGGAUAUAAAUAAAGUUGAUUAUUGAAAUAGGAUAUGAUAUAAGUAUAUAGAUGCCAAUAUGUUGAUGUUUACUUGUAAUGGUUGAAUUUGAAUGUAUUUAUAAAGAAAUAAAUCCAAAGACUGGAUAUAAAACAAGUCGAUUAUUGAAAUAGGAAAUUAUAUAAGUAUAUAGAUAUCAAUAUGUUGAUGUUGGCUUGAAAUGGUUGAAUUGGAAUGUAUUUAUAAAGAAUAUAAAUCCAGAGACUGGAUAUAAAACAAGUCGAUUAUUUAAAUAGGAAAAUAUAUAAGUAUAUAGAUGCCAAUAUGUUGAUGUUGACUUGUCAUGGUUAAAUUUGAAUGUAUUGAUAAGGUACAUAAGUCGAGAGACUUGAUAGAAGGAUCUUGAUGUCAAUUUGUUAACAUGACUAGAAGACGUAGAUAGCUCCAAAUAGGAGUGAAUUCCUCGUUGCAGUCACAGUGAUAGUAAGAUUAACUUACUCUGUUAAACUUGAAUGUUUUGAUAAAGUAUACAAGUCCAAAUACUAGACGUGAAGUUGUUUACCGUAGUAAGAAUUUGUACAAGUAUAUGGUUGCCAAUUUGUUAAAAUGGCAAUGUACACAAGUCACAGUUUGGAUUCAAAAUGAAAUGAAAUGAAAAUAUUCGCAGAAAUUGUUUAUCGUAGUGAGAGUUUAUGCAAUUAUAUUGUUGACGAUUUGUUAGCAUGGCUGGAAGGCGUGGAUGGCUCCAGUUGGAGUGAAGGCCACGAUGCAGUCAUAGUUAGAGAUGGCUGGAAGGCGUGGAUGGCUCCAGUUGGAGUGAAGGCCACGAUGCAGUCCGUCCUAGUUAAAGAUACGACUCUGGAAGGUUGGCACGAUCGUGAAGCCUUGUUGGUGGACAUCCUCUUGGCUUUGCGGUGAGGGGUCAAAUGCAGAUGUCGUGAGUUGAGAUUGGCUGGAAGGCGUGGAUGGCUCCAGUUGGAGUGAAGGCCACGAUGCAGUCCGUCCUAGUUAAAGAUACGACUCUGGAAGGUUGGCACGAUCGUGAAGCCUUGUUGGUGGACAUCCUCUUGGCUUUGCGGUGAGGGGUCAAAUGCAGAUGUCGUGAGUUUAGAUUGGCUGGAAGGCGUGGAUGGCUCCAGUAAGAGUGAAGGCCUCGAGGCAGUCCUAGGAACGCAGCUCUGUAAAGGUGGCACAGUCAUGAAUUCUUGCUGGCGAAUAACCCCUUGACUUUGACCUUUAACUUUGUACCAAAAUAUAAACCAAUUUGUAAAUGUGAACACCAUGUAGCAUUUUAAUUGUCACUUUACUCUCAUUUGUCUUUGCGAUUCUACAUGAUCUUCGCAUGCUUUUACUGUAUGUAUCAAUACAUACAAAUUGUAAUACUAUAUUAUUUUUAAAAAGAGUAACCAUGGAGUUUCUUGCCCGUUCUUCUCCAUAGGAAGCUACUUUUGGAAUGGGCAACUAGAAUCAAACUUAGUUAUGGUUUUGACGUCCAUAAGUGCUUGUAAAGGCCUAAAUGAAAUAAAUGAUUUGACUUUGACUUUGAGAAGUUUGAGGACAAACUUAGUGGUCAGAAUGGCCGAAUGUUAGACUAAUAUUAUCCUGUGUUGUUCUGUAUGUUAUAUUCUCUUUUCAUACAUUAAGGAACUAUACUAUAUUUACCGAAGUAUACUAAAUCAUUUUAGUUUUAUACGGACAACACUACCUCUACUGUGAGGACAACACUAAAAAGAGAUUUUGACAGUUAGAGCGCGCGCUUUACAUGCGCUUCCUUCGUGGACUGAUAAACUAUGUUUUCUUACGAUUGAUAUUAAAUUGUGUUUUAAAAGUGAAUACAAGAAGUUAUUGUGAUA